AUGUAUGACGAGGUCAUGCAAGAAUACCUGUCCCUAGGACAUAUGGAGUUAGUCGAAUCACAUAAAUCAAAUUGUGACCCAUGCUUUUAUUUGCCCCAUCACGGCGUAUACAAGCCAGAAAGUGCUACUACAAAACUAAGGGUAGUUUUUAACGGUUCAUGUCCCACGGCAACGGGAAAAUGUUUAAAUGAUUUAUUAUAUGUGGGGCCAGUUUUACAAAAAGAUAUUAUUUCUCUUAUUCUAAAUUGGCGUAUGUACAAAUUCGUUUUCAACGCAGAUAUAUCGAAAAUGUACAGACAGAUACAGGUCAACCCAAAUCACGCUAGUUUCCAACGCAUUUUGUAUCGUUUUUCUCCCGACGAAGAAAUCAAAGAUUAUCAGUUAAAAACUGUAACCUUCGGUCUCAAUUGUGCCCCGUUUUUGGCACUACGAACAUUGUUGCAACUGGCCCAUGAUGAGGAACAUAGGUUCCCCGUAGGAGCAAAGAUCUUAAAAGAUAAUAUGUAUGUUGACGAUGCACUGGUUGGCGUUCAUUCGAUCCCUGAAGGAAUAAAUGCGAAACUGCAACUUAUAGGCAUUCUGAAAUCGGCAGGAUUUGAACUACGUAAAUGGACAUCCAAUUGUAGGGAUAUUAUAGAAGAUCUGCCCCGAGACCAUCUUCUCAACGAAGAGUUUCUUGAUUUUGAUAAUAAAAGCAUGGCUAAAACUUUAGGAAUCAGAUGGAAUGCAUGCACCGACAUGUUUUACUUUGUAACGGAGAAGAUAAGCAACAAGACUUCGUUUACAAAAAGGGAGGUUUUAUCAGUGAUAGCACGACUUUUUGACCCGCUGGGGUGGCUCGCGCCUGUUAUUAUAACAGCAAAAAUAUUCAUGCAACAAUUAUGGUUGGAUGAAAUACAGUGGGACGAUCCCUUAAAACCUAUUUCUUUGCUCAAAUGGAAAACGUUUCUAAAUAAUUAUGUCAACAUCGACAAGAUUAAUAUACCCCGUUGGGUGAAAUACUCACCAGAGUGUCAUAUACAAUUGCAUGGAUUCUGUGAUUCCUCAGAAUUAGCCUAUGCAGCGGUUUUGUAUGCAAGAGUACAAAUAGGAAAUUCUUUUGCCACGAAUUUACUAGUCUCGAAAUCAAAAGUAGCGCCGAUUAAGAAGGUUUCACUGCCCCGAUUGGAGCUGUGCGGAGCUCAGCUGUUGGCAGACUUAGUAAGCGCUUUUAUACCCCAAUUGUGUAUCCAAAGUCACACUUUGCAUCUUUGGUCGGACUCAACCAUAGUUCUAGCUUGGCUUAAGAAACCAUCGCAUACGUGGACAACGUUUGUGGCAAACAGGGUAUCGAAAAUUCAUGAUAAAGUAGGAGAUAAAUGGCGACAUGUUUCUACACAUGACAACCCCGCAGAUCUAGCAACCCGGGGGGUGACUCCUUUAGAAUUAAAGGAGAGGAAUCUGUGGUGGUUCGGUCCAAGUUGGCUCCAAAAGGAUGAGAAAUUCUGGCCCUCAGCAAUUAAUAUUCCGGAGAUACGUCUAGAAAUGAAGCCUUCUCCCGAAACUGUGGUACAAAAACCACUUCCUUCCAAGGUACAUAUAGCUAGAUCUGAGGAGCUGUCACCUACACCAAAGCAAACGAAAAAAGGUGAAGAAGAAGGUGAUGCGGACCCCGAAAGACAUUUAAAACAUCUCCACCGUUUCAUUAAGGCGGUACACGCGUUUGGAUAUAUGGAAAGGUUUAUGAAAGCUUGUCAUCCUGCUACUCGCAAAACCUACACUUACAGCGGCAACAAGUUGUCCUUUAAGGAGGUAUAUGCGGGACGAAAACAUCUUAUUAUACUGUCCCAAAAGAUUUAUUUCCCUGACGAGUACGAAGCUCUGUCCCAAGGAAAGCCUCUGGAUAAGAAAAGUCCUUUACUUACACUUACACCCUAUCUCGAUCAAGAGGGAAUUAUCCGCGCCAAUGGGCGACUUGGGUCUACAUCUUCUCUGUCUCCAAGUGAAAGACACCCCUUUAUUCUGACCGCUGCCAGUAAAUUUGCCAAGAUGUAUGUCCAAUUCAUACAUGACAUGACCUUGCAUGGAGGUCCUCAAUUAAUGAUGGCAACUAUUCGACUAGAAUGUUGGAUCAUCAGGGGAAAGAAUUUAGUAAAAGCAACUGUUAGAAAUUGCAUUAAAUGUGUUUUGGCCCGAAAGAAGCUGCAAGGACAACUGAUGGCAGCGUUACCGACUGAACGGACCACGUUAAGCAGACCCUUUGCAAACACCGGGGUCGAUUAUGCCGGUCCUUUUGAAUUGAAGACAUUUUCAGGUCGUGGUUGUCGCAUAGUCAAAGGCUAUAUCUGUCUCUUCGUCUGUUUCGCUACUAAAGCGAUUCAUUUAGAAGCAGUAAGCGACCUCUCUACCCCGGCAUUUAUGGCAGCGCUAACACGAUUUGUCUCGCGGCGAGGCUGUCCCAAUAAAAUCUUUUCCGACAAUGGUCGAAACUUCGUAGGGGCUGUUCGCGAAAUUAGAGAAGGCUUUCGUAAAGCGAUGUUGGAAACAAAGGAGAACGCUGUAAUGCAAUACGGCCAUCAACGCCUCGAAUGGCAUUUUAUACCUGCUGCUGCUCCGCAUAUGGGAGGAUUAUGGGAGGCGGGUGUUAAGAGUUGUAAGAUCCACCUAAAAAAGAUCGCCGGUCAGAUUCGAUACACGUUCGAAGAAUUCUGCACAGUUCUUGCUUCCAUUGAAGCCUGCCUCAAUUCUCGCCCUUUGACUCCGCAAUCUGAAGAUAUCAAUGACUUGACGGCUCUUACGCCUGGGCACUUUUUGAUUGGGUCAUCACUUCUGUCCCCAGCCGAACCCGAAGAGGUACCGUCCAAGACAGCAAUGCUGAACCGAUGGCGAAAACUGAAGGUCAUUCAACAAGAGUUUUGCCGCCGAUGGAAGUCGGAUUACUUGAAGGAACUCAACAAGAGAAACAAGUGGAAUCGUCCGUCCCCAAAUUUAGAAUUGAACGAUUUGGUGGUUUUAUCACAGGAAAUGGGAAGUCCGAAUGAUUGGCGUUUAGGCCGUGUGAUAGAAUUGCACCCUGGUUCAGAUGGGCAUGUCAGGGUAGUCGACCUUAAAACAUCAUCGGGGGUAUUAAGACGACCCGUGCAUAAGUUGGUUUUGCUUCCCCGAUCGCAAUAG